ACCAGCAGUGGUCAAACGGAUUACGAACCUUGAGAUUUGACCCUCUUCAAACCAGGAAACCCAUCAAGAACCAUGAGUACUGCUGCAGACCAGCAAAACCGGCCUUUCAGCAGGGCCGUCAGAAAGAUCAAGGUGGCUUCGACGGUGAACAGCCUCGCCAAAAGCUGGCAAAGCUGGGCGAACAAACACACCGACAAGCAAGACACGAUCCCGAGCGGAUGGAUGCCGGAUACCAUCAUUGAAGAUGCGAAGGAAAAGCAAAAGGAGAAGAGCGAGAUGAAACUCUCGGUUACGACUCGAACGGUUUCGGUGAACGGCGAAGAAGGUGAGGACGACCAGAUCAAGACCGUUACGGUGACUAAAGCCAUCACGCCAAAGUGUAACGAAUUCGGGAAAGACCUAGUGAGCAUCAUCAAGGAGAAGAUCAACACCAAUCAGCUCACAUCAGAGGACACCAAAAACUUUCUCGGCAACGAAUCUCCCACCAGGAGACGCUACUGUGGUGGGAAAACAGGGACUUUGGCGAAAGUGCUUGGGCGGAAAGAGGGAUCCCGAAGUAGCUUUUCAGAUGCUGAAGACAGUGGUCUUGGUGAGGAAGCGUCUCUGAGCGACAACAGCGAUCAGAAUGAGAGUGAACCGAAAAAACAUGUCAACAGACACAAGAUCAAAAUAGCCACGAUGAACGACUUGAGGAGCAAGUAGCAGCGGUUCGCUGACAACCACAUUGAAGGUCAGAAGCUCAACCCCUUCAGCGAAGAGUUUGACUAUGACCACGCCAUGGCCAUUCGACUCCACAAGGGCGACGCGGGAUACGGCCGGCCCAAAGAAGGCUCCAAAACAGCCCAGCGAGCCGAUCGGGCCCAAAAACACAUCUACCGCGAGAUGGAGGAGAUGUGCUUUAUCAUACGCGACAUGGGCCAGCGAGAUAAAGACGGCUGUAUCUACGUCAGCUUCGGACGCCUGUUCGACCGCUACGUCAAAAUCUCCGAUAAAGUUGUGGGAAUUUUGUUGCGCUGUCGCAAACACAAGAUGGUGGACUUUGAGGGCGAGAUGCUCUGGAAGGGCCAGGAUGAUGACAUUAUAAUCACAUUACUAGUGUAAUUUUCUAUGUUGCAGUGUAAAAUACCCGGUCUUAUGAGAUUGGGCAUAUGUUUGACACGCACAAGUUUGCGUGCAUAUAAUAUGCCAUUUUCUCACGCAUUUGAUUUAAAAAAUUGGCUGGCGUUCAUAUAAUAAUACAGUUUUUACAUGCAUAUGAUACACAUCUACCCCACAACCUUAAUCAUAAAGCAUAUACACUUCAAAGUCCAUUUUUGCAUAUCAAUACCAAAUGUUUUGGUGUUGGUCCUACUAUUUAUAUCAUUGAUGAGAUCGGGUAGGUAAAAUCAGUAACUUAUUAUUUUUCAGCUGUUUUCAAAAUACUGUAGCUUUUCCACUAAAAUCGACUGUUAUUCAUGCAUUGCAUAAGCUGCUCAAAUUCGAGAAAUGAUCGUUUCUAUGACUUUUUUGCACCAGAUACAUAGUCAUAAACUAACUAGUGUCAACUUGAGUGUAGUUAAAGGAUUUUAAAUUAGAUUCUAGGUAUCUAGUUUCAAAUUAGCUCUCUAUUUAUAAUUUUAUUUAGCAGGAUGAAAUGUUAGAACCUUGAGAACGUUCCAGAAAACUGAUGAACUCUCCGAGAUCAUGCAUUCUGGUGCAUGACGUGUUUUAAAAGUGGAUUUGGUUUUAGUGCCGAGGAGCUUUAUAUGUGAGAUGGUGAAAAUGCGACUCCUCUCUCACGGUUUACACAAGGGGAUAUAAGGAUGCCCAGACGUGUUUUGGAAAUCAUCUCAUGUUUCAUGCUUGUAAUUCAAUGACAAAUCAGAUUGGUCUUGUGAGAAUAUUGGGUUAGUGUCUGUUUUUUGUUUUUUUUUUGCUUUGCAUUAUUUCUCAUCUGAACGUUUUGUUAAUUUGCGUCUACAUUUAGACACUUGCUGUUGUUUUAUUGUCAGUGUUUGUUGCUUCUUUUAAUAUCCUCUUUCAAAAUGAAAGCAUGAUAGUCUUCUUACAGAAGGAUUUGUUAUAAAUAUUUAAAAAUAUACUGUCAAAUGUAGUUUAAAACAACAAAUGCAUUUAAAUGAUGUGGAUUUUUUUUCCUGUCAGUAAAAGAUGAAAUAAAACCACAAUAAUUCACUCAUAA